UCUCACUUUCUCUCUCUAUACAAUUCCAUUUUCCAGCUUUCAAUCUCUGUUUUCUCCACAUUCUUCAUCAAUUUCUGAGAAAUCAAAAACGUCUUCCCAUGGACGAUCAACCCUUAGAAAUGCUGUGUUAUAAUUUUGAUUGUGCCGUCACUGUCUCCGGUGAUAAUUGCAAGAAUUCAUCUGCCGGUGGAAUUCAAAAGGUUGAACAAACUAGUGAUGUAGCAGAGGACAGUAAAGAAUCGGUUGGAGUCAGCAAUGAAUCAAACGAUGAUACUGAGGAAACCUCUUCUUCCGAGCAGCAGACUCUUCCAGUUUUUCAGAAGAUUCAAGACCUAAGCAGCAAAGUACAGCACUUGAGGGAAGAGCACGCAGUUCUGUGCAAUGAAGUAAAGGGCAUUACUGCAAAUUCUUUUCCUGGUUCGGAGGUUUCAACUGCUCUUCAGAGUCUUAGCAUGGAAAAUGAAAUUUUGAAAAAGCAGUACCAUGAAGAGUGUGAACUAUUGAAGAAGAAAUAUCUUGAAGAGUACAAUGAAAGAAAACGACUAUACAAUGAAGUGAUUGAGCUGAAAGGAAACAUAAGGGUCUUCUGCAGAUGUAGGCCACUGAAUGCGGAAGAAAUAUCAAAUGGCUCCACAGCUGUCGUUGAUUUUGAUUCAACUCAGGAAAAUGAGCUGCAGAUCAUUUCCUCUGAUUCUUCAAGAAAGCAUUUUAAGUUUGAUCAUGUGUUCAAACCAGAGGACAGCCAAGAGGUGGUCUUUUUACAAACUAUGCCCAUAGUGACAUCCGUCUUGGAUGGUUACAAUGUCUGCAUAUUCGCCUAUGGACAAACUGGAACAGGCAAGACGUUCACCAUGGAAGGAACACCAGAAAAUAGAGGGGUUAACUAUCGGACUCUGGAAGAGCUGUUCAAAGUAUCUAAAGAACGGAGCAGCUUUAUGAAAUAUGAAUUGUUUGUUAGCAUGUUGGAGGUUUACAAUGAGAAGAUAAGGGAUCUUUUAAUUGAGAGUUCCAAUCAACCUGCUAAAAAAUUGGAGAUAAAACAAUCAGCAGAGGGAACUCAGGAAGUACCAGGGUUGGUUGAAACUCAUGUUCACAGUACAGAUGAAGUGUGGGAACUCCUCAAGUCUGGGAGCCGAGCUAGAUCUGUGGGAUCAACGAAUGCAAAUGAACUUAGCAGCCGCUCUCACUGCUUGGUACGAGUAACUGUUGUGGGGGAGAACAUAUUAAAUGGGCAGAGGACAAGGAGCCAUCUUUGGCUAGUGGACUUAGCAGGAAGUGAACGAGUUGGAAGGAUUGAAGUUGAAGGUGAAAGGUUGAAGGAAUCUCAGUUUAUAAACAAGUCCUUGUCAGCCCUUGGAGAUGUUAUAUCUGCUCUUGCCUCUAAGACGACCCAUAUUCCAUACAGGAACUCGAAACUGACUCAUAUGCUGCAGAGCUCCUUAGGAGGGGAUUGCAAGACCCUGAUGUUUGUCCAAAUUAGCCCAAAUUCUGCCGAUUUUGGUGAAACCCUUUGCUCACUGAACUUUGCAAGUCGUGUCCGAGGAGUUGAGCAUGGACCUGCUCGGAAACAGGCAGAUGUUGGCGAGCUUUUCAAAUAUAAACAAUUGGCAGAAAAAGUAAAGCAUGACGAGAAGGAAACAAAGAAAUUGCAGGAUAGUUUGCAGUCUCUACAACUAAGGCUUUCUGCCAGAGAACAUAUCUGUAGAAAUCUUCAAGAAAAGGUACGAGAUCUGGAGAACCAAUUAGCAGAGGAAAGAAAGACUCGACUGAAGCAGGAAAGUAGAGCUUUGUCUGCUGUCUCUGCUCAGUCCUCGGCCUUAUCUUCUCUAGGCCAAUCAAUGAGGACUAUAACUGAGAAAAAACCACCUUUGGCUCCAUCAAAAAUGAGGUUACCACUUAGAAGAAUCACCAAUGUGCCGCCACCAUCUCCUGUUCCUACAUUCAGAACGAGGAAUUCUAUGAUUCCACGUCCCAAAUAUGACAAGGAAAAUUUGUCGAGACCAUUGAUGGAAACAUGCAAGUCAAAGGCAAAACGCUUAUCCAUUGCAGUGAGGCCUAAUGCAGCUGCCAAACAGGUUCUUCAGCCCAAAAGACGGGCUUCAAUUGCAACCUUUCACCCUGAACCAAAUUUAAACACAACAACAACUCCCUUGAAUAGGUCCAGUGCACGAUUGAGGACUGACCGUGUGGUGGGUCGGCAAUCAUUUGUUUGGGAUCCUCAAAGAGUAUGGCGUACAACAAAAGUGCAGUCUCCGCUACAGCAAUUGAGGGGAACAUCUGGUGCAAUGGAGGAAACACCAAUUAAUCCUCGAAGCAGUAAGUUUGUUGGUAGCCCCCCAUCACAAGCUGGUUCGUGGAGGCCUAAGCAUCCAACAGUUGUUGCACUACAGAAGAAGCAGUUAAUAUGGAGUCCACUUAAGAUGAAAGCCAUGAGAAAUAGCAGGAAGUCACUAAUAUCCUGAUAAUCUGCCCUUAGAACACUCACUUUUUGGCUCAUCUUUUUCACUUUUAGGGAUUCAUUACUUGCUGUAUGCAUCUUGCUUACUGAUGCUAGUUAUUUCAUAUGUUGAGUGAAAUUCAUUUACUAUAUAAAUAUAUUGCUGACAACAACAUCAAGCAUAGAAGCUAUUGUGAAUUUCUGUUGAUAAUAG